UCAGCCAUAGACAACAAGGAGUAGAGCUGGAUGAAUACAGUAGGCUAAGCGGUAUCAGAGGUGCAGGAAGGCUGACGUGUCGGGGCUAGACCCUUCUUCAGAAAAAAAGUAAUCAGCCAAUCUGAUCACAGAUAUCUCACCACUCGCCUCAGCCAAUCCUUCGAUAUCCCCCUACUUGGUAGCUUUGUCAAUUAUUGCCUACUGACCGAAGGGCUGUCUUUUAUAUCAGCCAAUCAAACAGCAACAUGUUGAAACGUCGGCGAAUACAGAAACCCGGGCGAAUCACCAUCCUUUAAAGUGCCGCUUCAGCCAAUCGCGUACAUUGGAAAACAGCUGCACUUCUGGGCUGGGUUCUUCAUGACCAUAUCAUGUAGUACGUCUCGGAGAAUUACAAUAAACUGUCGAAUGGAGUGAGAAUGUUGGAAAUGUUUUAUAGGAUACAGUAGAGGUGGAGGGUAUGCGACUAUUUUCAGUGGUGUUUGCUAUGGACUCGAGGACUUCUUCCGAUAUCAGAGUGAUGACACCAACGGAGACGCGGUGUUCUGUUUGUGGGAGGGGCCGUUAGCGUGACCCAUGACCUCCGGCUCGCGCGAUCCCCGCUCACACCCUUCUGCCCGUUUCGAUGGGCCGAGCGGCUGUUGGCAAUCACCGAUGACGGGAGAGCCCGCGAUGGACUGGAGUCACUUAGAUCUGAAUCCUAAAGUGGUGGCUGCAGUUAAGCAAGCAAACAUCCAAUCAAUGAAAGAAAUCUUAUGUCUUUCGGGACCAGAUCUGCAGAGACUCACUAAAUUGUCCAGUUCUGAUGUGCAGUAUCUGCAUAAAACUGUCGCAGCAACAAUAAAGAGUGAUCCUGUGGUAACAGCCCUCCAGGUAUACAAUGGAGAAUGUCCUUUUCCAACCCAGAACCAAAAACUUAGCACGGGUUGUCCGGUAGUGGACUCAUUACUUGGAGGUGGAAUCCCAUUAAUGGGUAUUACAGAGAUCGUCGGUGAGAGUUCAGCAGGGAAGACACAAAUUUGCCUGCAACUGUCGCUGUCUGUACAGUUCCCAUGUAGCUAUGGGGGGCAAAAUGCAGGAGCUGUGUAUAUUUGUACAGAAGAUACUUUUCCAAAUAAACGAUUACAGCAAUUGAUUGCCUUUCAAUCCAUGUUACGAACUGAUGUGCCACCCGAUAUUGUCAACAAUAUUAACUUUGGUAACAACGUUUUUAUUGAACAUGUUGCAGAUGUGGAAUCCUUAAAUCACUGCAUCAGCAAAAGACUACCAGUCUUAUUGUCACGAGGCUUGAUACGCCUUGUGGUGAUUGAUUCAAUUGCAGCUUUAUUCAGAUGUGAAUUUGGAGUCAGUGAUUCAAUUGCCAAGGCCAAAUGUCUUCAAAAAUUUGGAGCCAUGCUCCAUCACCUCAGCCAUCAGUUCAGUAGUCCUAUCAUCUGUGUCAAUCAGAUAACAGACAUGGUAAAUGACUCUAAUUUGCCUCAGGGUAAUUUUGGCUUAUUAGGUAAGAAAGUGCUACCAGCUCUGGGUGUGACUUGGUCCAAUCAGCUCCUGAUGAGACUAAUGGUUAGUCGGACACAACUCUGCAUUGAAGGCAAAUUUCCUGAUGAAAAAGCCUGUACCUUGAAUUCUGGGACUGUUCUACGCAGAAUGGAAAUCAUUUUUGCACCUCAUCUUCCUCAAUCAUUCUGCAACUAUAUAAUCUGCAAAGAAGGGGUAAGGGGAAUGGGACUAUAACUGGGGGCAUUGGAAAGCCUGUAUUUUCUUUGUCCUCCAUUUUUAUUUUUCUCAAACCAAUUUUCAGUACUUUUCUAAGCAAAAUUUUGUGAAUGCUGGAAAUUUGAAAUAAGAACAGAAGGGGCAAGUUUCGCAUCAUCUGUUGUGAGAGGUAGAGUUGGAACUCUUCCAAAGAAUAUUCUUCGGACUUUUAUUUCUGUUUUCUCCCCACAGAUUCUGCCAGACCUGCUGGGUUUCUCCAGCAUUUUCUGUUUCCCCUCGGUACUCUUUCUUCAAUGCCAGUCACUCUUCAAAUACAAAUAGAUUUGAUAUCGCUGGCUAGUCCAAUCUGCCCCAAAAAGAUUCAUUCUGCUUCUCUUAAAGUGUCUAACUUUGACUAAUAUAAAUCAACAUGGCUGUCUAGAAAGGUCACUGUUUCUAGUGUUCAUUUUUAAUCAUUGCAGAGCUGAAAGUUCAGCUUCCAUGACAUUAAAUAGCAGGCAGAAUUUAUCAAAAAAUCAUUAACAUUUUAUUACAUUAUUUUGCAAGUUUUCUCUGACUGGAGUAACAUUCUGCAUCUAAGAUAUUACAUUCCUAAUAUUCAAUAUAUUCUUUUCCUCCCGAUUUGACUGCAUUAGGGUUCUGAUGUUUCUGAAAUCUUGACAAACUCUCGGAGCCUGGGUCUUUAAAAUCAGAAGCUCUUUUUUUUAGAAUCAGCAAAUGAAUUUUUAAAAAAUUCUUCCAGUGUGGGUUAAGUAGUGAGUCAACGUUGUUCAUUCCUGAGUUGUUCUUUGAUAUCUGCUGCAUAAUGUAAAAAUUAAUGUAAAGAACUCGCAAGCUGAUAAUUAGUCAUGGUAGUAAACCUGAAGCUAUUGUGUAUUUUAUGACCUAGCCUUUAAAAAAAUUAAUUUCUACGAUAUAGGUUUUGUUUCUUUAAAAUUAUAGUUAACGUGCAAAAUUCUUCCAACUUAUUCUACUUCAAGAAAAAUCUCAUUUUUGAUUGAUGAGCAACACUUGAGUGAACACUUUUCUUUACAAGUGAUUUAGAUUUUUGCCAUUUUAAAUACAAGUUUUAUGAUGCUUUAGAACGAGUAUUCCAACUUAAAUAUGUCUGCUGCCUCCAAAUGCUCAAUUGCUCUUUAAACAUUAACAGAAAUUGUGAUUUUUAAAAAGAUCCUGCAUCACAGCAGAUGAUCCUUGAUCAGUUCCAAAUGUAGAGUUCAAAAAUCAAAACAAAUCCCUAAUAUUAUUAAUAAUUUAAUUAAAAUACCUAUUUAAGACCAAUAAAAUGUAGGGUUGGCAUACACAGUAAUUAUUUUUGGUCACCUGUGGGCAUUUAUUUCAUGUACUGACUACUUACAUUAAUCAGAUCACAAAAGCCAUAAAUAUUACUUUCCACAGUCUAAAUUAUUUAGGAUAAUAUUGUUGAAUUCCAACCCCUGAAUGCUGUGCUAGCUGCCCAUGUGAAAUAUUUAAGUUCUGUCAGAGUAAAUUUAACUUCUGCAUAUAGAAUGCCUUUCAGGUACUGACAAAAAUAAGGGGCGCUGAUUCCAGGGUUGUCAAUGGAUCUAAUUGUUGUUUCAAGCACACAAGCCAACUCCUCCUUGGAUGUUUCUUUCAGAUUUGUAAAAAAAUAACUGUUAGAAUUAUGUUUAGCCAGAAUAAAUCAGGGCUGUUAAAGUAGUAAUAUGGUCAUAGUGAAGUUUACACUUAAACAGCAAUGUAAAAGUAUAAGUUCAUGACUUGUAAAGGAGUAUCUUAAUAUAUUUAUGUAUGUAUGUAAAUAAAUGAAAGAUUUGCACUUA